AUGUCCAGUCCGACCUGCUCACCCAAACUGACAUCGCAAAGCCGAUUGGGCGAUUAUGAGGAGAUGUCGCACUAUCUGUGGCCCAAGGGAAACCUAGACACCAAGUUUCGCGUAGCCCUCGCUGUGUCGCUGCUGAUCGGCGCCAAGGUUCUCAAUGUGCAGGUGCCCUUUUACUUCAAGUCUAUCGUGGAUUCCAUGAACAUGGACAUUGGCGCCAUGGGAGGCAAUGCCGUCGCCGUGGCUGGCAGCAUGAUAUUGGCAUACGGCGCUGCCAGGGUAGGCGCGACUGUGUUUCAGGAACUCCGUAACGCAGUCUUCGCCUCGGUCGCGCAAAAGGCGAUUCGGCGAGUUGCUCGCAACGUUUUUGAUCAUCUCCUGCGCCUCGACCUCGGAUUCCACCUGUCCAAGCAGACCGGCGGGCUCACCCGGGCCAUCGACCGCGGUACAAAGGGCAUCAGCUUCCUGCUCACUAGCAUGGUGUUCCAUAUCCUCCCCACGGCCUUGGAAAUCAGCAUGGUGUGUGGUAUCCUCACCUGGCAGUACGGUGCCAAGUUCGCCGCGAUAACUAUCUUGACCAUGGUUGGAUACACCGCAUUCACGAUAUGGACCACGGCGUGGCGGACGAAAUUCCGCCGGCGCGCCAACGCGGCCGACAACCGCGCCUCGACAGUUGCUGUCGACUCGCUCAUCAACUACGAGGCCGUGAAGUACUUCAACAACGAGCCGUUUGAGGUCUCCCGCUAUGAUAAGGCGCUGCGGGAGUAUGAGAAGAGCUCGAUCAAGGUUGCUACAUCCCUGGCGUUUCUCAACAGUGGCCAAAACAUCAUCUUCUCCACCGCGUUGACGGCCAUGAUGUACCUGGCCUGUAACGGAGUGGCUCAGGGCUCAUUGACCGUUGGUGACCUCGUCAUGGUCAACCAGCUGGUGUUCCAGCUCUCCGUUCCUCUCAACUUCCUCGGGUCCGUCUACCGAGAGCUUCGACAGUCCCUCCUCGACAUGGAGACGUUGUUCAAUCUGCAAAAGGUUAACGUUACCGUCACCGACAGCCCCAACGCAAAGCCUCUUGUCUUGACUAAGGGCGGCGAGAUCAAGUUCGAGAACGUGGCCGUUGUCGGCCCCAGCGGGUGCGGCAAGUCAACUCUUCUCAGGCUCCUCUUCCGGUCUUACGAUGCCCCUAGCGGUCGCAUUCUUAUUGACGGCCAGGAUCUCCGCGAUGUGACUUUGGAAUCCCUCCGUAAAUCUAUCGGUGUUGUGCCCCAGGAUACGCCGUUGUUCAAUGAUACGAUCGAGCACAACAUCCGCUACGGAAAGAUUGACGCGACGCACGACGAGAUCAUUGCCGUUGCCCAGCGAGCUCAUAUCCACGAUAUAAUACAAAAGUUUCCCGAUGGCUACGAAACCAAAGUCGGUGAACGGGGCCUGAUGAUUUCCGGAGGCGAGAAACAGCGUCUGGCAGUGAGCCGGUUACUUCUCAAAGAUCCCCCAUUGCUCUUUUUCGACGAGGCCACCAGCGCCCUGGAUACCCACACGGAACAAGCCCUCAUGGCCAACAUCAACAGUAUCCUGCGAGAAAAGAACCGGACGAGCGUUUUUGUGGCCCACAGGCUCAGGACUAUCUUCGAUGCGGACCUGAUCAUCGUGCUGAGGGAGGGUAGUGUUGCGGAGAUGGGCACACAUCAACAGCUAGUUGAUAGUGGAGGCGUCUACUCGGAACUCUGGAGCGCGCAAGAAACCAUGUUCAGCGGAGACGGGGCGGACGACUUGAGGGAGGACUUUAACAGCAAAGAGAAAUGA